AGCAGGCGACCCAUGGACACCUCACUCCAAGCCUGGCUUCCUGCAUGGGGUCAGGAGACCUCCUGGGGUCCCAGAUGGGCCUAGCCGAGGAUUUGGGGCGCCCUGGGGGGGAAUCGCGUGUCAGCGCCUCGGCGCUCCGGGCCACGGUCUGUCUCCUCCCCUUCCUCCUUCUCCGCCCCCUCCGCCGCCCCUCCCCGGAGCGCGGCCCCGGCCGCCUCCCACCCGCGGGAUCCCGGCAUCCAGAGCCGGCGCUUGCGUCCGUCGGUCGGCGGGGCAGUCUGUCCGCGCGCGGAAAGCCCAGCGCCUCGGCGUGCGGCGGCCGCGGGGCCUGGGAGGGAAAGGGCGCGGAGGCGGGACCGCGGCUCCCUCCCACUCCGGGGGGAGCCCAGGAGGCGGAGGUGCUGAAGCGCCAGCGGAGAAGGAGGCAGCACAGCGGAGAAGGCGGUCGCGAGCACGAGUGGGGUGGGGCGUGCCCACGGGCCCCCGCCCCCCUCGCCCCCCCCGCCCAGCUCCGGAGCCGCAGCCCGGCCGGCGGGCCAGGGGUACGCGGCGCACCCUCCCCAGUGCGUUCUUCAACCACCCAGGCCUACCAGGACGCUGUGUGGAGCAGGAAUUAGGGAGACUGGGACGCCCCCUUCGGCAGGCGCCGUCGGAGGGGCGGACCCGAGACCAGGCAAGCAGCCCCACUGGACCCAGGCGCAGGGUCUGGGACGCAGUUGGGAACGCAGAGGGCCGACUGGGCGCCGCAGAGCCAGCAGCAGCCUGGCCCGGGCCUCCUGGGUGACAGGCCCUGCGUGGCCGGCUGGGAAGAAGUGACUGGAGACCAGCAGGGAAGAGACUGGACCUAGAGUAGGGGCGGCUGCCUCACUCCCUUUCCUGAGCCAAGGGAGCCAAGGAAUUUAGAGCCGCUUUCCCCAUCACAAAAAAGACACUUGCUUUCCAGAGCGGCACCUUUAUCUGAGACAGCGCUGGGGGAAGGGGUCCUCAGAGCCUGAAGCAGCACCCCACACUCCUUUCACCGGGGCCUCUGGGCCUCAGAGAGGCCCCCGAGUUAGAAAGGAGGCCGGUUGGCUCUUGCUGCCCCCCCCCCGGGGAGAGAGGAAGUUCCCUGCCUGUCCCCAGGCCCAGGAGGAGCUGGGCCGGUCCCAGUGGGGUCCUGGCCCCGGAGGCUGCAGCAGCGGCCAUGUCAAGGCCAGGCCAGGGUGUGAUGAUGCCGGUGAACGGGCUGGGCUUCCCACCGCAGAAUGUGGCCCGGGUGGUGGUGUGGGAGUGGCUAAAUGAGCACAGCCGUUGGCGGCCUUACACGGCCACCGUGUGCCACCACAUCGAGAACGUGCUCAAGGAGGACGCCCGCGGUUCCGUGGUCCUGGGGCAGGUGGACGCCCAGCUGGUGCCCUACAUCAUCGACCUGCAGUCCAUGCACCAGUUUCGCCAGGACACAGGCACCAUGCGGCCCGUGCGGCGCAACUUCUACGACCCGUCGUCGGCGCCGGGCAAGGGCAUCGUGUGGGAGUGGGAGAAUGACGGCGGCGCGUGGACGGCCUACGACAUGGACAUCUGCAUCACCAUCCAGAACGCCUACGAGAAGCAGCACCCGUGGCUCGACCUCUCGUCGCUCGGCUUCUGCUACCUGAUCUACUUCAACAGCAUGUCGCAGAUGAACCGCCAGACGCGCCGCCGCCGCCGCCUGCGCCGCCGCCUGGACCUGGCCUACCCGCUCACCGUGGGCUCCAUCCCCAAGUCGCAGUCGUGGCCCGUGGGCGCCAGCUCGGGCCAGCCCUGCUCGUGCCAGCAGUGCCUGCUGGUCAACAGCACGCGCGCCGCCUCCAACGCCAUCCUGGCCUCGCAGCGCCGCAAGGCGCCCCCCGCGCCCCCCGGCGGCGCGCCCGCCCCGGGGCAGAACAACCUCAACCGGCCCGGGCCGCCGCGCGCCGCCGGCGUGAGCGCACGCGCCUCCAUCCCGCCGGGGGUCCCCGCGCUCCCGGUGAAGAACUUGAAUGGUACCGGGCCGGUCCAUCCGGCCCUGGCAGGGAUGACCGGGAUCCUGCUGUGUGCGGCGGGCCUGCCAGUGUGCCUGACGCGGGCCCCCAAGCCCAUCCUGCACCCGCCACCUGUGAGCAAGAGCGACGUCAAGCCCGUGCCCGGCGUGCCCGGGGUGUGCCGCAAGACCAAGAAGAAGCACCUCAAGAAGAGUAAGAACCCCGAGGAUGUGGUUCGAAGGUACAUGCAGAAGGUGAAGAACCCGCCUGAUGAGGACUGCACCAUCUGCAUGGAGCGCCUGGUCACAGCAUCCGGCUACGAGGGCGUGCUUCGGCACAAGGGUGUGCGGCCCGAGCUUGUGGGCCGCCUGGGCCGCUGCGGCCACAUGUACCACCUGCUGUGCCUCGUGGCCAUGUACUCCAAUGGCAACAAGGAUGGCAGCCUGCAGUGCCCCACCUGCAAGGCCAUCUACGGAGAGAAGACGGGCACUCAGCCGCCCGGGAAGAUGGAGUUCCACCUCAUCCCCCACUCGCUGCCGGGCUUCGCUGACACCCAGACCAUCCGCAUUGUCUACGACAUCCCCACAGGCAUCCAGGGCCCCGAGCACCCCAACCCAGGCAAGAAGUUCACCGCAAGAGGCUUCCCACGCCACUGCUAUCUGCCCAACAACGAGAAGGGCCGAAAGGUGCUGAGGCUGCUCGUCACCGCCUGGGAGCGGAGACUGAUCUUUACCAUCGGCACAUCCAACACCACGGGCGAGUCGGACACCGUGGUGUGGAACGAGAUCCACCACAAGACCGAGUUUGGGUCCAACCUCACGGGCCACGGCUACCCGGACGCUAGCUACCUAGACAACGUGCUGGCCGAACUCACAGCCCAGGGCGUGUCCGAGGCCGCAGCCAAGGCCUGAGGCCCGAGGCUGCCCACUUGCCCUCCUGCUUGGUCCCCUGGCCCGGCACUUGCCUCCCUCCACCAGGUGUGUCCUGGCGGCCCAGGUUCAGGGCUGGGGAGGAGCCUGCGGAAGGAGCCAGAAGCAUUCUGGAGAUGUGGCUGGUGGUAGUUGGAAUGCUGGGAGGAUGGCAGGCCAGCCGGCUCCGACUUGUAGCUCCCCGAGCCGGUGGCAGAGAGAGCACCAGGAACCACAGCAACCUCCCCACCGAAAAGACAGAGUCCCACCCCCUCACGCUAACACACGUGUCCUGUUGAACACAUGCACGCACACCACGUGCCUCUACUUACCCCCACACUGGGGGGGAAGCGACAGAAGACCCCUGUGAUACUCCAUGUGGAUUCCCAUCUGUGUCUCUAUCACAUCUGUACAGGCUUGUCUGCAAACGGGACUCAGGUCAAGCGCCUGGGGGCCUGCUGGGGCUCCGAGGGAUGGGGGGCCCUCGGGAAGCUCAGCCUCCCCCCAUCUCUGCCACCCGCUGAUGGGCAGUCGUGGGCCCAUGGGGUAGAAGCCCCAGAUGAGUCAGCAGGUUUGCGAAGGGGCAGGCCGGAGAGAGGGGGACCCGAGGGAUCUUAUUUCGUGCUUGUGUCUCUUCAUCCUUCUGGGACUCUGACGUCCUUCUUCUCCCCUCCCAUCCCCAGGCCUUAUGUCUGUCCCAGAUAAAGGCACUGUUCUCCUUUCCUCCCCACCCCAUCCUCUCCACCAAAUCGCUCCCAAACAUCGAGAUCCAAAGGCUGGAGCUUCUGGCUUCAGGAGAAAGACAAGGAGCCCUAGCUUAGGCCAGCAGGUCUAAAAAGCCGACCGGACAGCAAAGAGUCCAUCUCCCUUUCCUUGGGAGUGGGCAGUGGGGUGGCUGAUGGUCUUGGCCAACCAGGGGCCUGUUGCCCAGGCAACUCACCAGCUCCGCCUCUGUUGAUUGGCUGCCACGGUGGAAGUCAGCCAAGAUUUAAAGGGACGCCAGAGAUUGCUCUUUUGAAAACCUACCAGUCCCACUGUGGGUGGAGAAAUAAAUGGUCUUUCUCCUCCUCA